AUGGUGUAUGUUUCGAACAGGCAGAAAGGUGAGCCUGUGUGUGUUCAAGUUGCACAAGUACUUGGUGAGAGUUUGAAGGAGAUGUUGAGGAGUACUGGAGAUAAAGAAAUUGUUGCGAAGGAGAUGAUGGAGAAGUUGAUGGGAAAAAGAGUGAAGGUUGAGAAUGAUAGGUUGCCAAACACUGGGUGUGACUCUGAUUGGGAACACAGACUGAGCUCAAACUAUGUUGAAACGGACACCGAACUGGGAGUGUUUGGGACAAAGAGUACAGGGGUAUUAAUACUGAAAACAGAUGGAGAAACAUGUUUCUAUGAGAAGUACUUGGAGGAAGGAGUGUGGAAAGAGCAUAGUGUGCAGUACCAUUUAGAUGUUUGA